AUGGAGAAGGCCGCCGUUGACGAGCAGGGGCUCAUGAUCCCGUUGAUCGACCUGUCCAAGUUCCUGCACGGAGACACCACCCAGCGUCAGGAGACUGCGAAGGCAAUCCUGAACGGCUUCCAAAACGCGGGCUUCAUCUACCUCAAGAAUCUACCACUCUCACCCGAGACACGCAAGCAUGUCUUCGACACCAGCGCCAAGUUUUUCAACGGGCUCAGCAAAGACGAGAAACUGGCACUCGGGUGGACAACUCCAGAGGCGAACAGGGGCUACUCGGCGCCAGGGCGCGAGAAGCUUACCCAGCUCACUGACAUCAGUGAGGUGGCCAAGUUGAACGCUGAUAGCCCAGACAUCAAAGAGACUUUUGAGAUUGGUCGCGAGGGCGACCCUAAUUAUCCAAACCGAUGGCCAGUUGAGAAGCCUGGAACCGCAGUAGACGGGUUCAAAGCGACGAUGCUCGACUUCCACAAGCAAUGCAAGGCCAUUCACGUGGAGGUCAUGCGUGCCAUCGCCGUUGGGAUGGAUCUGGACGAGGAUCACUUUGACAGCUUCGUUGAUGUCGGUGACAACACCCUACGACUGCUCCACUACCCAGCUGUCAAGAGCGAGGUCUUUAAGGUCAACCCAGGCCAGGUUCGCGCGGGCGCGCACUCAGACUAUGGCAGCAUCACGCUGCUCUUCCAGGAUGGCGCGGGCGGACUGCAGGUGCAGAGCCCUAAUGGGCAGUUUGUCGACGCGACGCCGAUCGAGGAUACUUGUGUCGUUAAUGCUGGUGAUCUUCUCGCGAGAUGGAGCAACGACACCAUCAAGAGCACCAUUCACCGCGUGGUAGAGCCGCCGAGGAAGACUGAUGAGCAUCCAGCGAGAUAUAGCAUCGCCUACUUCUGCAACCCCAAUUUCACAAGCCAUAUUGAGGCCAUCCCGGGCACGUUCGCGGCAGAGACGGACAAAAAAUAUGCUGGCAUCAACAGCGGGCAGUACCUAGUGCAGAGGCUCACUGCGACGUAUUGA